AUGGAACCGCUCGACGUUGCUGCGCUCGGCGUCGUGUUCUUCUCGUUUAUUGGUGUCUUACUACUCCACAUCUACCGGAAUUUGUCUACUGCCAUUGAUACUGUCAGUGCUGAUGACGAGAUACUUGGAUCGAUGGACGUGAACAUCAUGACCGACCACGAUGAGCAGGACUCGCUACUGCCAAAGUUUGCCGGUCUGCUGCUAUCUCCUUGGCACAGCGUGACUACUGAAAAGAAGAAAGAGACCAAGAUGAUGCAGUCAGCUGAGAAGAAACGAUGUGCUAUUUUGCUGACCAUGCCGCUGCGUAUUGGUAAGAAGAUGGAGAAGAAUCCUGCUGAAGUGCCAAUGAAGAAGGUUCAUGUGCCUUAUUUCUUUCCGCUGCUGGACGAGACCGCAGAGUGGUGGAAGAUGCAUCAAUUUACUACUGAGGAGAUGCAGACACUAGAGCUAGGAGCCAUGGAAUUGCUGCAGUUGGAACAGUCGCCUCAAUUUGUGGCAGCAACGUAG